AUGGACGAGAUGGAAAUGCAAAUGAAUCGACGCACGUGGACGGCGCUUCUCGAGAUGGGCGGUAUUCUGGGCGACGACGAGCACGAACUGCCCGACGCCGAAGCUCAGAAGGCGGCGACGUCGAAGGGAUCGUUCAGAGUCGGAUGCACUUUGCGGGCGAAAAACUGGCGACUCGGAAUGCCGUUCCCGAGGAGUCGCACGAGAUUGGGCGUGAUUUCAUUGGCGAAUACAGAAGUGGAGUCGACGAUGGAACUGAACGAGACCAACUCGAACACGUUGGCGAUGAGAUUGGCGGUCGACGGAAUGCGCAUCGAGGAUUGUACACCGUGCUAUUCAGGUUAGAUUGAAACGAAGAAAGUUUGACAUGUAGAGCCAGAAACCCCAAAUUAGCCACCAGUUGUAUCUAAAACCUAAUUACCCUUUGCGUCUAUACAUAUAUCGUCCCUCGUCCUCUAAUUUAUGCAACUCGAAAUUCAAAAGACGGGGGCGGAAGCUCGAAUGUUUAUUUCAUCUUCGAACCGAUCCAUUUACAGAAUUGUACCCGGAACGUCUUAUCAUGCUCGACGAGCACGCUGAGCAGUCCUCCAACGCGUUCGGACUCGGCUCCUCGCCGAAAAGACGUCUGGAGGACUCGAAACGAAUCGUCAUCGACGUCGUCAAGUACCCCGGCGAAGAUUCGAAACGCGAGUGCGACGUCUCCAUCCGAUUCUUCGUGCCGCCGAAUCAGAAGUUCUACUACGUUCACACCCAUCGCUUCUUCUGUGGUCUCAUGGAUUUCUGGAUGCAAUUCAACGAGCUCAUGAAUUUGGUUUCGAAGAGCAAAAAAUUGCAUAUUGAGGAGGGAGCGAGAGCGAAAUGCGCAUUGGACGUCGACAUUCAAUGUGCCACGUCAUUCCUGAUGCCGAUGAACUCGACGUCGCCCGACAUCCUUCUGUGGCAGGCGGAUUCGAUGAGACUGAAGAACAGUUUCAAGACGCUGUCCGCCCUCCGAAUGGAUAUCUUUGACAAGUAUUCGGUGGAGACCGACUACGGAUUUGACGCCGCCGUCGACUGUCUUCUCGACUACGGAGAAAUGCUCCUUUCGAAUGUGCGAGCUCACGAAGCCCGUCAAAUUGAUCGUCUUCACAACCAGAAACAUCUGAAGAUGGUCGGAGAGAAAGCGUUCCUACAGACUGCCUUCGUGCUCACCAGCCCCAACGUCUUCUCCAGGAGAUUCGAUCUCAACAACAAGUUUCUCCGCAACCUCGACUCUGUAUUCUCUCGGAACGCUCCCGAUCUGACGAUAAUCACUCGAAUCAGCGGACUGAAAUGGAGAAUGAGCACUCAGUUCUACGUGCUCAUGCGCGGAGUCCUUGAGAAGAACCUUGGAGAGCCGUUGAUCCCAGAUCCGGAAACGAUUCCCAUCGAGAUCCUCCAACUGCCGACAGAAGCCGUCGAAGUGGAGAGCCACAACAAGUACGCGACGCUCUCUUUCCGAAUGGUCUUUGAAGAUGUCGAUCUGAAUCUGGAGGUCCCCAAAAGACUCGGAGAGCAGCCAAAAGCUAUUGCGAACGGAGAAUGGCAACCGUUUGCGAACGUCAAACUGGAGAGUGCUCGGAUAUCGUUCGACGCGUUCGAUGACGGGCAAUCUGAGCUCGAUCUGAUUUGCGAGAAAGUGGAAUUGAUGGACACGACGACGACCGGACCUAACAACUUUUUCCCGGUCAUUCUGCAGCACACGGACACUGGAAAACAGUUUGUGACCCACUUGAGACCAUUAAUUCAAUCUUUUCCGUUUCAGAUCCCGUCCCGCCACUCCUGCUACCUCUUCCAUCACUUCUUCUCUGAUGCUCGAGACGCACAUCAUGAUGCGGAAGGACGAGUGCCCGGUGCUCACUCUUGUGCUCUGCAACGCCCGAGUCAUCCUCGCCUACGAUUGGCUCGACGAUCUGAAGCAGUUCCUCAUGCUCUACACUGAUUUUGUUCCAAAAUGUGUGCCCUUUUCCUUCCAACCAUGAUCAUUAUUUUGCUUUGUUUUUCCAGAUUCCGAUGAGAUUUCGUAUGAGACAAAAACUUCGGGACGUCGUCAAGCGUUCACAACCACUCACGACGGAACCAUCGUCGAACGAAUUCACAGUGCUCCGCUCCAAGUGCAGACGACGCCCGGAGCGCCGACAUUUUCAGUCAAAAUCACGCUCCGAGACUCGGAUCUCUACAUAAUGGAGAAUCCGUCGGUGAAGAACAGUUUUGCGCUGAUAGCUUCGACGACGGCGGUGCUGAACAUGAACGACGCGGGCGGCUACAUGUCGGCCGAUCUGGAAAUCCAGUCGGUGCGACUCGGAUGGUGUGCGAUGCAGCACGAGAAGCAGACACGGAACCUGUGCUCCAAUGACUUUUCUAUCACGAUAUCGCUCAAAGCCGAUUCUUUUGUGAUCUCUGCGCAUCAGAAGAAGGGAGUGGCGAUCACGCCGCCGGUCAGACACGCAUUUAAGGUAAGAUUCAGAAGCUUGUAUCGUGGAAAGUUUAUAAGUCAAUCCAAAAGUACAAAUACAGAAUUACAAGCAGCUGACUCCGUUGAAAUUUUCAGUAGAGGUUUGUGAAGAUCACAGCGAAAAAUUGGGCAGCUUUACUAACUUUCCAUUCAUUUUUUCGUUCAUCUUCACCUUCAGUCUCAAAAUUUUCGGGUGUUUAGUCUGGGAUGUACAUGUUGUUCAGUUCGGUCCUACACUCUCAGUUACACCCUCUCUUUCUCGUCGCAAACCUUCCACACAUUCAGAUCGACGUCCACAAAAUGAUCUGUCGGCUUUCGUACAAAGAUGCGCGUGCUCUGAAAGCCAUCGUCACUGGAUACCUGAAGAACUUUGUGGAAGUUCAGCGAAAGUCGCUCAUUCCGAUAAUUGUGCCUCCGCCGCCAUCGAAACGUAACCGAAAUCGGAAUAGGCAGUACAAUUUCUUCCAUUUUCAGCUCUCGACAUUGAAACGUACACGAUUGAGACCGAGCACGCGGAUCUGUGGAUUCUCGAUGAUCUUCAAUCCAACUCGAUCCCUCUUUUGAGAUUAUCCGUUGCCAGUCAGUUAUUUCAGCUGUUAUCUUUCAUUGAAAAUCCCCUUUCCAGAUUUGGAACUGAAAAAGACUGGCGAAGAGAUCAAAUCUCGCUUCCACGUCUCCAUGGACUACUUCAAUCAACGCAUCUUCGGAUGGGAACCAGUCAUCGAAGAGUGGAGAAUCCUUCGAUUCAGUUCGAAAUGGAAAGAUAUGAAACAGACGGUCGAGCUGGUUGCAGAGACGAAGUGCACGCUGAACAUCAACGUCACCGAGCAGCUCAUUCAGCAGUCGAUCCAGUGGAACGCCAAACUGCCGGCCAUUCUUGCCUCGUUCGAACGCGACGAUUUCCGCAAUCAGUGCACACGAUCGAGCAGCGACCAUCUACCGUACGUAAUGAAGAACUUGACGGGAUGCGAAGUGCACUUCACAACGGCAGUCGAAGACGUCCUUUCCGCGCGAUCGGAGCAGCGGAAGUCGACGACGAGGUGGAGAACAGUGGCGAGAGGUGGAGAGCAGAACUUCGAGUUCCCCGCACGCCUUCUUCUCUACUCUCAUCUGGAGAGAGAACCUCCGCGGCAACUGAUAGUCCGAGUGGCCGGAUGGGAUGAAAUAUCGCCGGUGAAUGUGGAUUCGUGCGGAACGUACUUCCGAGUGGUGAAAGCCAUUCGACCAGAACUCAAGAAUGCACGUCUUCUGAUCUCGGUGACGAUGGAGAAGGACGGAAAGAAAGUGGUCACUCUGAAGUCGUCCAUCGACGUCACCAAUCAUCUUCCGCACCCGAUCGCAGUGCAAACCGAGGGAGGAGUCAGUGAGUUUUCCGCAGCGAGACACAAAAAAGUUUUCAACCAUAUUCAAAGUUCCAGAAGGAGAAAUGAUCAACGUGGAACCGAACGGAGUCAUCUCGAUCCCUCUCGAAUACGCGCACUGUGCACUCAAUUCCUAUCCGCUCGGACCUGUUCCGACCAUCGAAUGUGCGGAACUCUCGUGGAAGAAAGUGCGGAUAGCGGGGGAGGUGGUCAAUCAGACGCAGAAACUGAAGACCCGCUCCGAUUCGAACCUCAAUAGAUACUAUUGGGUGUGCACGGCGAUCCGAAGGGAGUACUAUCCGGAGCACGAGUUCGAAUCGCUUCCCGGUCACUCCAUCCAUCUCGUCGCACCGCUUUCCCUCCAGAAUCUGCUGCCAAUAGAUGUCGAAAUCAAGAUCCAGGACAACGUGUUCGCGAUAGCAGCCGGCAAGUCGAUGCUCAUCACAUCUGUGGACAUCACCAAAGAGCUCUCGGUUACGGUAGCCACGGAUCGGCUCACCUCCCAAACUCCUGUGCUCAUCAAUAAAUCGGCGAUCGGAGAGGGAGCGCUUCUCUCGACGAAAAUGGCCGAUUGCAACGGACACCUUCUCGACAUGUACUGCCACGUGAGAUUGGGAGUCGCUCACGCGAUCUUGGUCUCCUUCUGGGUCCCCUAUUGGGUGGUGAACAAGUCGGGACUGCCGCUGAUCAUUCAACAAGACGCCGUGAAAGCAGAAGCAGCCGGACAAAUGGAAGAGCAUGAGAAAGCAAAGGACAGGCAUCCGCUCAUGUUCUCGUUUGCGGAUGAGAACUGCCCGAAAGCGUGUCGAGUUCGACUCGGAAACGCAUUCAUUCGCGAGAAAGGAUACCGGCCGGCGCUCAGCGACAAAUUCACGUUGACGCCCGGAGUUCAAGCACUGAAGCUGCGAGUUGAGCACAAAACCCAGCCGACGAUCUUCUUCAAUGUCGGAGUGGAAGUUCGGGCAGGCACCGGACGGUACAAGGAUACGCAGGUCGUCCUGCUCACUUCCCGCUUCGUGCUCCAGAAUCAAUCGUCCGUCGCCCUCUCCGUUUGUCAUAACGAUCUGAUUGACAAGGAAAAGGAGCACGUGCACCUGGCGGCACAGUCGUCGACCACUUGGAACGAAAAGUUCGCCGGUCGCCAGAUUCUCUGUGUGCGACGGGCGGAUGUGAAGCACUGGAGCUGUCCGUUCCGCAUCGAUCGCAUCGGAUCUUUCCAUGUCACAAUGAGAGACGCCGACGAGACGCCUCGCUUUAUUCGCGUCGAAAUCAUCCUCAACUCUGCGCUCUUCCAAAUCACAUUCACAAAUGCGGACUUCUAUCCACCGCCAUUCGUAUCGAGAAUCUGACCGAUGUGCCGGUGCUCUACCAGCAAGAGAGUAACACUCCGGCUCGCCGUCAUCUCCGAACGAUUUGCAAAUCGAAAAGUUUUGUGGACUACGCGUGGGAUGACCUGUACGGAACGAAGAAAAUGGUGCUCCAAGUGUUCGAAAACAGAAGUAAAUCGUACGAAACCGGAGUUCCCGGGCCAGCAGAUCCGCUCACUUAUGAGAACAACUCGUUCAUUCAGCUUGCUCACAGCUUCCAGUUCAAAAGUGGAUUGUCGAUGAGCGGGUUCACGGACGAGCAGGAACUGGUUCUCGAAACAAUGCAGAAGGGAAAAGUGAUGUUGAACAAGCAAAGCAGAACCGACGGCAACGGAGGAAAUCAGUUGUGGAGACUGUGCCCCGAUGGAUGCAUCGAAAACGUCGGAAUGAGUUUGCGGAAUCGGAGUGACUCCCGACUCGUGCUCGAUGUGCUCGAGAAAACGGGCGGUCGGCUCAUGAUGAUGGAAAGAGAUCAGCGGCGGAAUCGUUGGCAGCGGUGGACGUGGAUGCCCGACGGACGGCUGUGUCUUCUCGACAGCCCGCACCUCAUGAUGACGUCGAAGCAGACGGAAGUGGUGGUUGUGGAAGCGGACAGAGCGGCGCAGAAGGGAGAAGACGGCGUGGCAGUGACGCAGAUAUGGAGAGUGCAGAGACAGCGACCCGGAAGUGGCACCUUGGGAGUGGAAUUUCUCCAUUCCGGGCCGACAGUCGUCAUCAGAAUCACGGACCGAGAGCUGCAGACAAGAGCCAUCUCCGAACCGACCAUCUUGGCAGCGGGCAAGAUUUCCGUGCUCGACGUGAACAUCACAAUGCGCGGAGGUCUCGGAAUCUCGGUCGUCAACGGUAUCCAAGAAGAGCUCAUCUACGCACACUUUGGCGGAAUCGCCGUGAACGCGCACCGCGUCGACAAGACCUAUCAGAUGACGUGCAGCGUGAACGUCAUUCAGAUCGACAACCAACUGCUCUCCUCGGAUCGAUGGCAAGUGGUCUACUGCCAACCGGACACCGCACAAAACUACGACGAUCAAAUUGAGCUGCCAGCUGGAGUUCCGGUCACUGGCAGGCCUGCUUUGAACUCGAAAUGAACUGCACUUCUAUGAAACACUAUGAUUCGUUUGAUGUCAGUGAUUUAUUGUAGUACUGCACGUAUUAGAACCCUCUACACUUCAGUGUUUCCGUCUGAAAGUGUGCGACAUGAGUGUUCAACUCGAUGAGCUUCUUCUCUGGAAGAUUGUCCAAAUGGCUCAAUCGUCGGACGUAGCCUCGUCAGUUCAACAGCGUGCUCUCAACCUGCCGCCGAACACAGAACUCGAGCGACACGAUCCACUCCGAACGAGACGAUGGUACUUUGGAACUUUGGAUCUCGAAAUGGGACACGUUGGAUUGAGUGGUUAGUUCUUUCCGCUAAUUUUUCUAUCUGUUUCCUAUUUUCAGUGGUAACUGUCCCGAAAUCCGGUCUUCCCCGAGAUCUCCGUCUUCUGAAGCAGCAGUUCAAUGUGAAACUGAUCUCGUUCGAGAACGCUUCCGUCGCCCUGCCCCCUUUCCGUCAAUACCACUAUUUUGAGACGUCCUCCUUCCUUCUGGAGUCCCUUCAGAAGUUCUAUCUCGCCGAACUGCAGAAGCAGACGCUCAGCAUCAUUGUGACACUCGAUGCCUUCGGAAACCCGCUCGGUCUUGUCACCGACCUCAAAGACUCAUUUCAAGGCCUGUUCAUCGAAGGAGACGUCCAAAGAUUCGUGGCCGGACUCGGCUACGGACUCUCGAACAGUGUCUCUAAAGUCGCAUCGUCAAUGGCUUCCGGAGUCGGAGCGCUCACUUUCGAUCAGGAUCACGAACAGAAAAGACGGCACAACAUGAUCCGCUCGCAUUCGUCUUCCUCGACACCCCUCACUCAUCUGUAUUCAGGAGUGAAAGGACUCGGUGUCGGAGUGCUCGGCGGAGCAACUGCCAUGUUCACGAAUGUCGCGUCGGAGAGUCGGAAGAGCGGAUUAAUGAAGGGAAUGGUGUGGGGAAUGGCGACCGGAGUGGUGGACACAGUGACGAAGCCAGUCCAAGGAGUUUUCGAUUUCGUCGAGGGGACCGCGUCGGCGAUGAAAGAGUUCGCGAUGCCGGCGACCGGAGUGAGAAGAGCUACGGCUCAAAGGUAAUUUCAAUUAGCAAAGCUAGUCCAAUCAAUAUUUGAUUUUCUUCAGCCGAGUCCGAAUUCCCCGUCUCUGUCGUAAUCUCUACCACCUCCUGCCCGCCUACGACACAAAUCUGGCUCAUGCUCAACUUGAGCUCCUCCGAAUCAACGGAUACUCGUCGCGCGAACAACUGCUCGAUUUGGAAACGUGUCUCGAACACGUGGAAUCGAGUAGUGAAGACAGAGUCAUUCGGCAGUACGUGCUCAUUUCGACGAAACAAUGCUAUGUUUGUCGACGGGUAAGCAUUCAGAAUACAAUUUCCCAUUCUAAUCGAAACUUGAGGGCUCAUUUAAGACGAACGGAGAGAACUCGAUUGUGAUUCAACGCAUCGCCUACAAAUUCCUAAAGAAUGUCGUGGCGAGACCUCCGCUGGAGAACAGUCUUGCGAGUAUUGGUGAGCUAUUCUGCAAGAGAAAGUGGUAACAAAGUGAGAAGGAAUUGCAGAAGUGAGUCUGGACAUGGAAGACGUUCGUCUCCGUCAAAUCCACGUCUGGUGUAGUCGCGUCGAAGUGGCACGUCGUCUCGCGGACAAAAUGCUCCGCGCCAAACAGCUCUACGACCACAACAAGCGAACGCUGAACGACGUGGCGUGGACCAAGUCUCUGUUCGAUACGGAGAGAAUCCCCGAUUAA